CACGUGCCCCGCUGCCAGCCAAUGGGAGGGCGCGUUACUGCGCGGUGCCCCGGUUGAGGAAGUGCCGCCGGUGUCCGUGUCCAGCGCUCCUUCGUCCGGUUCCGCCUCCCGGGAUGUGCUGAGGGCGCGUCCGCCGCCCCUUCCAGGCGUGAAUGACAGAGGAGGUGCCCCCGACUGCACUGACGGAUGUGAACCUGCGCCUGCUCUGCCACGAUGACAUAGACACAGUGAAACAGCUCUGUGGAGACUGGUUCCCAAUAGAAUACCCUGACUCAUGGUACCGAGAUAUCACUUCCAACAAGAAGUUCUUUUCCCUCGCAGCCACAUACAGAGGCUCCAUUGUGGGGAUGAUAGUGGCAGAGAUCAAGAGCAGGACAAAGGUGCACAAAGAGGAUGGAGAUAUCCUAGCUUCCAAUUUUCCUGUGGACACUCAAGUUGCUUACAUCCUAAGUCUUGGAGUGGUGAAGGAGUUCAGAAAACAUGGAAUAGGUUCCCUCUUGCUUGAGAGUCUGAAAGAUCACAUCUCCACCACUGCCCAGGACCACUGCAAAGCCAUCUACCUGCAUGUGCUCACCACCAACAACACAGCAAUAAACUUCUAUGAAAACAGAGACUUUAAACAGCACCACUAUCUCCCCUAUUACUAUUCCAUCCGAGGCGUCCUCAAAGAUGGCUUCACCUACGUCCUGUACAUCAAUGGUGGCCACCCACCCUGGACAAUCUUUGACUACCUACAGCACAUUGGCUCCACACUAGCCAGCCUGAGCCCGUGCUCCAUUCCCCAGAGGAUAUACAGACAAGCCCAGAGCCUCCUCUGCAGCCUCCUGCCCUGGUCUGGCAUUUCUGCCAAGAGCGGCAUCGAGUACAGCCGGACGAUGUGACUGAGCGAGGGUGCACAGGAAGCACAGGAUUGUUCCUCCUUCCUUGUGACACCCGGCUCUGCGCUGGUUCCAGUGAUGACAGCUCUUGGCCAGUGACCCAGCCCCUGGAUGGGACUCCUUGUUCCACAGGGACUGACCUUUGGUAGAACUUCACCCUGGGGCUGCAGCCCCGGCUCCCCAUGUGGGCUGGUGGGCCUGGCUGUGCCACAGCCACGGGCCCUUGGUGUCACCACUCCGUGUGCAUGUUGCACUGUCCCCGCCACUUGCCUCCGGUUUGCUCAUCCCCAUCCAUACCCAGAAUGUUGAGGGGUUCAGCUGCUGCUCCCACUCCAUCCACAGCUGCUGAGAGCAGCUGAGGGAGGUUCAUGGAGCUGCACUGAGGAACCACUUAAAUGAGCUGGGAGAGCCCCGGCUGGCAGGGCAGAGUCUGCCCUUGUUGCUGGGGAAGGGGGGAGCUGGGUGAGGGAAAAGGGGGGAAUGGGAAUCAUGUUUAGGUCCUGCCAUAUCAGCUGCUGGUGCGUCCUGUGGGUAACUUCCAGGGAGAGCAACUGCCUCGCAUGAGAAACUACCCAGCCCCACCAGCCCUCUGGAAUGAUGUAAAAAGCAGCAUAUAAUUCAGGAUGCAUAAAGUAGAAGGCAGGGAAUGAAAUUGCUAUUUCAUAGUGAAAUAUAUAUGUAUUAUACUGUAUAGAUCUUUCUGCCUUUGUCCAAGUUGGAAUGUAGCAGGGGAGGGGAGCUGGGAGUGUAAGAGUCUGGUCCAGAGCCCUUCUCCCCUUCCUUGGCACCAGGCUGGAUGUCGCAGGACCUUGAGGGAUGGGAUGUGUACAAGCAUAACAGCUUUCCCUUACUGAGGAAGAUCCUCAGCUGCUCAGCAUUGUGCUUUGGGCUGUGGUCUGGGCAGUCUCUCAGUGGCUGCCCAAUGUGUCCUGGCUGCAGGACCCUCUGGCUGGACUGAGUAGCUCAUGUCCAGCCUGUGUGGAAGCCCCAGAGCUGCAGCCAGGCCAGGGGCCCUGCUAUAUUCCUAUGGUAAAUCCCCCUUCCCUGGCCAAGGCUCUUCCAUGCUCAGCACCAGAGGGAUCCCUGCCAGAGCAGGCGCAGGCCCCGGAUGGGCUGGCACUGCCAGUGCUGGCAAGGGGUGGGCAGGACCUGGGGGUGCCACACGGCUCAGGCUGGGCCUUAGAAGAGCCAACAAGCACAUUCUGACCUUGCAGCCUGGAUGGCCAGAGAAAGCCCUGUUUGUAUCUAAGCCCCUGGGUGGGAGCUCAGUAAUAAAAGGACACAGGAGAUGAGCUGCUGUGACUAGUGCCAGCCUGGAGAGCAGGAGGCCUCAGGGGCUGGCACGUUUGGUGUCUGGGAGCAUCACCAGGGUGUUCUGGGAGGUGCUGGUCCUUCUGUGGCUCAAAGACAAGGUAAAGAGGUGUUUAUGAGGAGUCAAAAAGGGCACUGAUGGAAAGCCCAGCCUUUGAAACUUUCAAGCCCCAAAAUGCCAGGGCUGCCUUCGGAGUGAGGGCAUCUCUUCCAUCCCAUAUGAUGUCUCUGGCUCCCCUCUCGUUCAGCAGUGCCAGUGGCACUGGGCAGGCAGCUCCUCCCCCAGCCCCAAUGCUUCCCCAUGGCCCCUGACACCCUUCUAGCCUCAGUUGUUACAUUUUAGUUUGGGGUAUUUUUGCUUAUCCACUUUUUACUUAACACAUCUGUUGGUAUAGAGUUUCUUUAGCAGGCCAAGCCUGUGGUUUUUCUCAGCACUUGCUUUCUCUGGACCAGAAAGAAGUUCUCUCCUGAUUGCCUGGAACUGAUGUGUAUGUGUGUCCCCACUUUCUCUCCUGUCUGUUGUACAACCCAGCUCCGCUACUGGAGCACAUCCCAAGGGAGCUGUGGCUGGUCUGUGUGCCCUCCUACCACCCUGCCCUGAGGUGUCAUCCCCACCGUAGCCCAUUAUUUAUUGAAGAACCUCUUGCUGAACAUCUUCGAUUAAACCAAACCUCUUUUUUGA